CCUAUGUUGCAGCCACAAUCUCCCUUGUAAUGGUACUACGUACGAAAGGGGCCUUUGAAAAGUACUAGGGUGUAUAUGAGGUCAUGAGGGUGGAGCCCCCAUAAUACAAGUAUGAUCUUUUUUUUUUUUUUUAAGAAUUUAUUUAUUGAAGCUCCGUGAUUCGCACCCAACCAUAGCUACUCCAGUCAUGAGGGACAGACAACAGCUGGAUUGGCGGCGAGUAGCCCACAGCAUUUGCUUAUAGUAGCGAUGAGUUUGCCCCUCGACCGCAAACAUUUCCUGAAUGGAUUAACAGGAAGGCCGGUAAUGGUGAAACUUAAGGGGGAAUGGAGUACAAAGGCUACCUUGGUAUCUGUAGAUGGCUAUAUCAACAUGCAGCUUGCAAACACAGAAGAACACAUAGAUGGAGUAUUGUCUGGACAUUUGGGUGAAGUUUUUUAAGUCCUUUAUAUCAGGGGUGUUGAAGAAGAGGAAGAAGAUGGGGAAAUGAGAGAAUAGCAUCUUUUGUGGGGAAUUUUUUAUAUGUCUAUUUCUAGACAACAAA